UGGCACCUCCCAUUGGCCGGAUGGGGGUCACAUGAUCGCUCCCCGCAGGAUACAAUAUGGCGCCGCCCAUAUAGCUGCUCCUGGAAGGCGUGGAGGGAAGGCUGAGUUUGCUGCGCUUUCUGGCUGUGACACAAGAUGUUCUGAUGAAAGCUGAGUUCGCUCUACUGGCUUGGUUUAUGAGACGCUGCAUCCGGCAGCCGGGCAGAACUGUAACAACUGGAAGGGGCCGGAGAUUCCCGCCACCCAAAGAUCUGCCAGCCAGAAAGCUCUGUCCUUCCAAGGACAUGGAGGGGCAAUGCCCACAGGAAGCCAAUGGCUCCCAUCCAGAGCAGAGUGAGGAGCGGCUGCCUACAUCUGACCUAGCGAUGGAUGCUGGGAGCUGCGCUGGCCCCGUGCAAACUGGGGAGACGGUGAUUGCGGAGGGGAAAGCGAAGAUCAUCUUCCCCAGUGCCAACGAAGUGUUCUACAACCCCGUGCAAGAGUUUAACCGAGACCUGACGUGUGCCGUGAUCACAGAAUUCAUUCGCCUUCAGCUUUCGGCCAAGGGGAUUCAGAUUGCCGUCCCAGGAGAGGAGAAGGUCGAGAAGGUGGUUGUGGAUCUUUCCGAAGGGGAGGAGGCUGGGUCGGAACCAGCGCCCGACGAGGAGGGGGCAGCGCGGGCAGUGGCGGCAGUGGGAGAAGUGUGCAAGGAAGGAGUGCGGAUCUUGGAGGCCUUGGCCGCCUCGGGGCUCCGCUCCAUCCGCUUUGCCAAGGAGGUGCCUGGCCUCCGGGCCGUGGUGGCCAACGAUUUCUCCUCCAAAGCCGUCGAGCUCAUGGCGAGGAACGUCGAGUUCAAUGGAGUCGGGCACCUGGUGACGUCGAGCUUGGCCGAUGCCAGGAUGUUGAUGUAUCAGCAGAAGGCGGAGAAGCAUCCGUUCGACAUCAUCGACCUGGAUCCGUACGGCAGCCCUGCCACCUUCCUGGACGCCGCCGUGCAGGCGGUGAGUGAAGGAGGCCUGCUGUGCGUGACCUGCACCGACAUGGCAGUGAUGGCUGGGAACAGCGGGGAGACAUGUUACAGCAAGUACGGAGCCAUGUCCAUCAAGGGCAAGUUCUGCCAUGAGAUGGCCCUGCGGAUCAUCUUGCACAGCCUGGACCUGCGAGCCAACUGCUACCAGCGCUACAUCGUGCCGCUGCUGGCGGUCAGCGCCGACUUCUACAUCCGGGUCUUCGUGCGGGUCUUCACCGGCCAGGCCACCGUGAAAGCCUCUGCCAGCAAACAGGCCCUGGUGUAUAACUGUGUGGGCUGCGGGACGCACCACUUCCAGAGACUCGGCAAGAUGACCAGCCACGGGAGCAAUUUUAAAUACUCGGCUGCCUCUGGCCCCCCAGUGGGCCCCUCCUGUGAGCACUGCCACCAGCGGCACCAGGUGAGCCCCCCCGCUCCCCCCGGUGCACCCCGCUCCCGUACGGCCGGGCACGCUGCCCUUACCUGCUGUUCUCUCCCCCAGCUGGGUGGCCCCAUGUGGGCAGAGCCCCUCCACGACCCAGCUUUUGUCCAGAGGGUCCUGUCGGCCUUGGGGAGCAACCCGGGACGGUUCGGGACACAGGAUCGGAUCCAGGGGGUGCUCAGCAUGGUGACCGAGGAGCUGAGCGACGUCCCGUUGUACUACACCCUCGACUGCCUGAGCAGUACCAUCCACUGCAACACCCCCUCCCUGCUGCAGUUCAGAUCCGCCCUCCUCCACGCCGGCUACCGCGUGUCGCUCUCCCACGCCUGCAAGAACGCCAUCAAGACGGACGCGCCGCCCUCCGUCCUCUGGGACAUCAUGAGAUGCUGGGAGAGACUCCAUCCCGUGAAGAGAGAGCGACUCUCGGACACCAGCCCAGCCUUCCACAUCCUCUCCGUGGAGCCCACGCUGCAGGCAUCCUUCACCGUCCGCGAGGACGCCAACCCCAAAUCCAGGAAGCAGGGUCUGAAACGAUUCCAGGAGAAUCCCGAAGCGUAUUGGGGCCCUAAAGCCAGAGCGAAAGCAGGGGGCGGCAUUUCCACCUCCCUGCAGGACAAGCGGAAGCUGCAUCAGAACAAGCGGAAGGAGAGAGCGGAGGACGGGGGCCACUUGAAAAACAUCCCCUGCAAAAGGCUCAAGGAGGGGAGCGGCGCGGGGGCUGAGAAGUGCUGUCCCUCCCCUGAACCAGCCCCAGAGCCCGUGAAGACCGACAGCCCCCCCCAGUAGCCCGGCCCCUGGCAGGAAGAGAGGCUACGGGGCUUUAUUUUUUAGUUCGGUGAAGGUGCAAGCGCUUUGUUUUAAGACUGAUGGUCUCCGUGCGGCCGGCCAUUAAAACAAGGGUGUCUCCUUUUUAUGUACAA